GAAGCCGCCAUCGAAGAAGAAAAUGCGGAAGUUGGCCGUUUUUCCCAAUUGAACUGCCGCAGGUGUUUGGUGAAGUGAAGCAGCGUCCUUUGGAACAAAGUUGACGCCAUGGAAUGCUUACUUUUUAUAGGGUGACACCACGUGUGUUGGUGUUUGAAAAACAAGAAAAUGGAGCAUCUAUCGCAUACUGGCACAGUCGGAGGAGUAGGAGGUUCGGUCAAAUUCAAACUGUGGCCAGAAAUGCUGCUGUCAGUCCUUGUUUCUGCCGCAGCUGUGGUUGCUGUCGGUGUGUUUUGCGCCUUCCUGGACCCCAUACUGCAAGUUUGGACUGUUGCAGAGCUGCGGGCAGAAAGGGUCAUUGAAGAGGAUGGGACAGAGGUAAGGAUGUUGGCAGGUUUCUGGAGUAUCCUGGUUCUGUCACUAUUGGCAGGAUCCAUUUGCUGUUUCUUCUCAUGGACUGUGGCCUACCUAAACUCCUACAAAGCAGGCAUAGUGCCACCAACAGUCACACUUCUAUGCAGAGACACCCUUGAGCAAGGUUUCCUCGUUGAUUAUGGUGUCGCUAUCCUUAACGGAGUCAUGGCAUCGCUUACGGUCAUCUGGAGCAUGACCUGACAAUAUCUGAUAUCAUAUCAUCAUAUCAUAUAACUGCCUGCAAAACAAAGUUCUCUCCAGUAGUGUUACACAUUUAAACUUGGUUAUUUUUCCCAUUUGCAGUAUGUCAAAUAAUAAAAUCCACUGUCAUUAUGGAUUACGAACUAAAGCGUGUACAUUUAAGUAUUUAUGGUUCAACAAAAGCAAGUUGUAGUUAAUUUGUUUGCAGACAUUCAAAACAAGACCUUUUAACCUUUACGUACAUACUACCUACUGUUUGAACCCAGAGUACAUGAAGAAAUGUGAUGACCUUUAAAUUCUCUGCAAGCUCUUAAUCUUGACCCAUAACUCCGACGUCAAUGCAAAAACCAAACGUGAUAUGCUUUUUGGAUUUAAAACAGAUUCAGUAUUUUGGUAGGCUCCAGCCUUGGUGGUUCCUGGACAUCUUAACCAUUUCCUUUCAUCGGUGUGUGAAGUAUGGGUCUUCUACUAGACCUUGGCAAAGUCGCUAUACAGUACAUCCAAAUAACUUAUUUAAAUCUGCAGUUCUGCAAUGGCUUCAAAAGACCCAAUUUAUGUAAAUCUCCAAUUAUUCUUCUGAGUUCCUUGAAUGUUUGCCAUUGUUCUGAAUCUUGGUAGAUCCAGUGAGUCCUGUUAAACACAUCCUUUUAUGCUGCCAAAGAGACACCAUCAGCUGCAGUCACUUGUGAUCCGCUGACGUCAAGUUAGGUCAGGGCAUUCUGGAACUUUCAGAAACAUUUAAAAAGAUUUAGGUAUAAUCUUUGCAUGUAUUUGAACCUGAAUAUAUACUGUAAUUUUGACCCACUGUAAAAAAAAAACUUAAAAUGUAUUAAAGUGUCCACCCAAUGUUUGUUUUAAAAAUCAUUGAAGAUGAAUAGUGCUAUCAUUCCAUCCUAGAAAAGGAAUCGUUCAAAUAAAUAAAUGUAAGGGCCCAGAGUGAAUAAGACCACCGGGAGCCGGUUAGAGUCAUGUUCUUCAACUUCUCCAGCGAUUUCCAACACCAUCCAACUGGCACCGCUGCAAGGGACACUGAAGGAGGCCAGAGAGGAUCGUCACCUGGCCUUAUAGACCAUUCAACCACCUAAGGCUGUGCACCUGUACUUCGGAUGAG